AAAACUCAAAAACUCAGCUUCCAAUUCCAACACACGGAAUCAAAACCUGCACUGAACCACGGUGCGUUCGACGAAACCCUAGCUCCACCGUUUCCCAUGGCAGCGCACCACUCUCCCGAUCACGAACCAACCUCCGAACCCAACCUCCAAACCCGACCCUACAACCCCUACAAGGACCUCGACGUCCCAAUCCGAAACCUCUACCACCUCCCUACCUCCCCGGAGUUUCUCUUCGUCGAGGAAGCUCGCCGCAAACGCCGAUCCUGGGGCGAGAAUCUCACCUUCUACACCGGAUGCGGCUACCUCGCCGGUGCCGUCGCCGGAGCUGGUGUCGGCCUUGUUGAAGGUGUAAAAUCCUUCGAAUCCGGCGACACUGCGAAGCUCCGAAUCAACCGCAUCCUCAACUCCUCCGGUCAUUCGGGUCGAACAUGGGGGAACCGGGCUGGGAUCAUCGGGCUGCUGUACGCUGGGAUUGAGAGUGGGAUUGAGGCUGCUAGGGAUACUGAUGAUGUGUGGAACAGCGUGGCGGCGGGGUUAGGAACUGGUGCGCUGUAUCGAGCCGCGAGAGGGGUGCGAUCCGCCGCGGUGGCUGGUGCUGUGGGUGGCAUUACAGUGGGUGCGGCUAUGGCGAUGAAGCAGGCAUUGAAACGAUAUGUGCCGAUAUGAGAAAAAGGAAAGAGUGAGAUUUUAUCUUUUUUGAGAAAAAGAAAUCAAUUUUGAGGGAUAUUUGAUGUUACCUUGAAUGAUAGAUAGUAUAGUAUUACACCAUAUGUGUUGCUGUUGAUGGUAGUCACUAGGGCUUCUUUUGCAGAAUAUGAGUUUAAUGUCAUGGUUUUUGAGCUUGAUAAUGGCUAAUGGUUAUUGAUAUGUAAUCUUUUUGGGCCGUCUUGUAAUGAAUGAUUAUUCGGACGGCAUCAAAUAUAGCAUCAAAAAGAUCUUUUGUUUUCCUGGUUCUUCUAUUCAAGGGAUGGAUAUAGCUGGAUGUGUAUGAUUUGAAUGGAUUGUUUCAUGAAUUCAGAAAUGGGGUGUUUUCUUUCA